AUGUCCGUGCCCCCGUCUCUGCUGGCAUCUGCGAGGGCUGCCUACCGUGAUGUCCUUCGCGCAUCUGCAUCUACUUUUACAGGCGACCUUCAUGUUAGAACUGCGUUCCGCCUGAAGAUACGCAACGAAGUGCUGACGUAUCCGCCGCCAGCUGAUCCGAAACAAUGUGAAGAGAAGAUCAGACUCACUAAAGAGAUUGCAGAUGUCCUGCGGAAAAAUGUUGUGCAGGCAGUAAAGGUGGAAAGCACAGACGGUCCCGAAGCCAUUGAGCGGUUCAAGAUGCGUAUUACAGAACAUACAGAACUCGGUGACAACGACACCAUCAAGAACCCUUCACCUGUGGAGUCGAGUCGAAGUGUCAGGAAGCGAGGAAGUUCCACAGAUGCUGCCAGGACCAGCUCUCAUAGUCCCGAAGUGCCUCGAUACUAUUCUCAGCUCAAAAAAGCACACAAACAACGCGUUGUUCCUCAGCUGAAGGAAGUGGAUUUGGAGGAGUCGUUUGUUCGAGGUAGUGGGCCCGGCGGGCAGUCUAUCAAUAAAACAGAGAACAACGUUCAGUUGCUUCACAAGCCCACGGGGAUCCGGGUAGCUUGUCAGGAGACUCGCUCACUGUCUCAGAACAGAAAGCUUGCAAGGCGUGUGCUUUUGGAUAAGCUGGACGCGUAUUAUAACCCCGGACUGUCCAAGCAGGAAAUGAAGAAAGCACUUCAGCAUGAGAGGCAGCGACGGAGAAAGAAGAAGGCUAAGAAGAAUAGAGACAAUUCAUCCGCAGAUGAGACAGCAGACUCCUUCGACUCUGAGCUUAAAGGUAGACAGGGCUCGAGGACUGCCCUUCAAAACCUUCAGCGUCUCACCCAUUUCUGGGACGACGUUGAACAGACCGUGCUUGUCGCUGGGGACUACGACAUGGAGAAAACACAUCUCCAAGUCUCGCCUGGCCAGCUUGGUUGGCUAGGCUCUGAGUCGUCUCUCCCACGUCCUAGAAAAACGCGCAUGAUGCAAGCAGUCCUGCUCUUUGUCUCAGCGGCCGCGCUGUCCACCUUUUCGUCAAGUAUUUCGGCACUCUUUGCGCAGAACUACGAGCAGUUACAAGCAACUUCUGUACCUGUUGCUCUUGCGGACCCCAGCAGUCAGUGGAAGGACGAUAUCUGGCCGAUUCAUAACCAGACCCCUUGGGACAUUUCUACCGACUACCCAUAUCCACGUCUGCUUGAGUACGAUGUGACCGAGGGCACCUGGCUGAGGCUUGAUGUCCACCCAAAGACGGGCGAGAUUGUUUUUGACAUGCUCGGCGAUUUGUACUGCCUGCCGUCGCACGCCUACUCUCCCUCACACCUCGCGUCUGGCGCUCUCUCGCUUGCCCGCCCGUUCUUACUCGGAGUCCCGCACGACUCUGACCCGCACUUCUCCCCGGAUGGUGACCGCAUUGUGUUCCGAAGCGACGCCGAGCUAGGCAUUGAGAACAUCUGGGUGCUGGAGUGGAAAGGCUGCGAGAACAUGGACGUCAGGUCGGGAGAUCUCAACGACGAAUUGCUGGACGCACUGGAGCUAAAGGAUGUAGAGGAAGAACUGCUUGCUAGCGGUGUCCAAGAGACUGCUGAUAGGAGGCAGCGUCGCCUUGUGCGCGAGGGCCGUUUGGGUGCUCAGCGAGUGACAAACGAGACAUAUCGUUGGGUUUCUGACGCGCGUUUCCAUCCAUCCGGUUCUAGUGUCAUAGCGACAAAAUGGUAUACGUCUUCGCGCAGCUUGGGAGCCGGUGAGGGAUGGGAGUACAAAGUUCCCAGUGUAGAAUCUGCGGGUACACAUAUCAAACCGGGCGAUGGUCAACGCCUCGUGGCUCGGACUCUUCCUACGGGAUGGGGUCCCGAACAGUACGGUGAUCAACAAAUCGGUCCUGAGCAGUUUGUAUGGCAUGGACAAGACACCCUCAUUUACUCGAAAAAUGUUGGAGACCGCGAUGGCGCGUUUUCAUACAGCAAAGAUGUUCACAUGGGGGUCUACGCGAUUUUCUCCACAAAUCUCACCUCUCAGAGGACGACAACCCUCGUGGACGCGUUUCCUGGUGGAGCGACUCGACCAGAACUUUCACGAGACGGCCGUACUCUAGCAUUUGUGCGGCGAGUGCGUGACAAAGAGGCUUUGGUGUUCAAGGAUCUGGAGACCGGAACUAUUCAUCACAUCUGGUACGGUCUUACAUAUGACCUAGGAGUCAUUUCUGCCCCUAUGGGAACAUAUCCGUCAUUCGCAUUCUCCCCUACAGACGAUGCCGUCAUCAUCUGGGCUGCUGGACAAAUUUACCACAUACCCCUGACAACGAAUGCUUUUGGAGAGAAGGUUGCGGCUGGCGAGCCGCAGCCCGUGCGCUUCCUCGCGCAUAUUGAGAAGCGCCUGGCACGGACAGCGAUGGCCCAGGUGGAUAUUCGACCACUGGAAACCGCUUCCACGCAGCGUGUUUAUGCAUUUACCGAGCUCCGCGUUGAUACUACGGGCACCCGAGCAGUAUUCCAAGCAGCGGGCGCCACGUAUGUACAGGAAGUAGGGCACGACACGCCGCAUGCAUAUAGGGUGCCGGCGCUGCAUGCUGACGCACCGUAUUAUUCGCCAUCUUUCGUUGUUAAUGCGGAAGAACUCGUCAUUCAUGCGCGCUGGUCAGACGCCGACUUUACGACGAUCGAGCUGGCCAACUUGACGUCCGGGGAAGCCUACGAGCUCGCAGGCUUGCCGUUAGGGAGGUACUACUCCCCUAUAUUAUGUGAAUGCACAGGGAUACAGAGGCAGCUUGCGUUCAUCAAGACGGGUGGAGACUACCUGACGGGCGACAUCGUCGCGACCGCGAAGCCGGGGCUGUAUCUCGGCCAGAUCACUCUGCCUUCGUCGGGUCAAGCGUCUACAGAGAUUGUAGUGAAGAACGUGCACUAUGUCCUGACGGAGAUUGAUGAAGAUCAAUUGCUCAAGACGCAAGUCCGCUUCCUCGAGCGCAACACGAAACUGCUCGUGCAGUCUCCCGGGCGCGCAUUUGUGAUUGACCUAGCAGCGGGGCCGGAUGAGUUUGGCGACUAUAAACAUGAGACGAUUGCGACGGGGCUUAUGUCCAAGGAGCUGGCCACUGUCCCCCGUGUUUCGGAUACUGUUGUGGCAAAAUCGCUUGCGUUUGUGGACUUUUACCAUGUGUACUACGUACCCCAUCCCAACAGCGAAGAGCCCGUAUGGAGCAAGCCCGGGAAUGCCACAAAAGGUCUUGUGCGACUGAGCGUCGACGGAGGACAUGACAUUACAUGGAGCAGAGAUGGAACGAAGCUAUUCUGGCUCCUCGGACCGUACCUUCACUGGGUCGACGUGUCGAAGUUAAGCGCAUGCAGCUUAGCUGCUGAGCGCGACUCUGAGACAUUCGGCAUUGAGUGCGCAAAACACAUACCCCAGUUCCAGGAGGUCGUUGUGAGGUACACGUCUGACGUUGCGCGGCUCAAGCAAGAGGCUGCAUCCGCAUUCCAGGCCAACAGCGACGAGGAGGCUCCAAUCGGCACUGACUUCUUUAUCAUCUCUAACGCGACGUUGUUGACGAUGGAGACUGGAGACUUCCAUUCAGAUAUUCUGCAUGACGCCAUCCUUGUCUCGCGCGGUGGAGAAAUCGAGGCCAUCGUAGGCGCCCAGGAUGCUGUGUUCCCGCAGGGCGCCACUGUCAUCGAUGUCGAAGGAGCGUUCGUGGUCCCUGGAUUCAUAGAUGUCCAUGCACACUGGAACGGAUAUGACACCUUGUAUCCCGCGCGUUCGUGGGAGAUGGAGACGUUCCUCGCCUAUGGCGUGACGACGCUGCACAACCCUAGCGCGGAUAAUGUACUCGCGUUCGCAGAACGGUUCCGUAUCGAGCGUGGCCAGCUCGUCGGCCCGCGCAUUUUCCAAGUUGGAGGUGUCAUCUACGGGGCAGCUGAGCCUAGCUUGUACCAUGACAUCGCCGACAUGGCAGAGGCACGCUCUACACUCAUCAGGAUCAAGGCUGAGGGUGGGCCAUCUAGUUUCUCCUACAAGAACUACAAUCUUCCUUCUCGCGCCUCGCGGCAGAGACUGCUGACAGCUGCUCGCGAGUUAAGUAUGCUCUGUGUCCCGGAGGGAGGCAUGAACUACGACUGGGACCUCACUUACAUCGUCGAUGGCAUGACAACGAUCGAGCACCCUCUCCCCAUUCCCGUCCUCUACGACGACAUCAUAACACUGUACGCGUUGAGCGGAACCGGCUCUACGCCUACGCACAUCGUCAAUUAUGGCGGUACGAUGGGAGAACAGUACAUCUGGGCGUCCGAGGACAUCCCGAAUGAUCCAAAAUUGCGGCGUUUCACGCGCCAUGACGUGCUCGAACGGCUGUCCGAAACGACGUCACGGCCGAAAACAUCUUUUGCCCUGUUCAACACGUCCGCGUCCACGGCCAAGAUGGUCCACAAGGGUCUCCGUGCGCACAUCGGCGCGCACGGGGAGCCCCCGCUGGGUCUGAACUACCACUCAGAAAUGUUCUUCACGCAACAGGGGGGCCUGACCAACUACGAAGUCAUUCGCGCGGCGACCUCUGACGCGGCGAUUACGCUCGGCAUCGACUCCUCCGUGGGCUCGCUGACGCCGGGGAAGCUCGCGGACUUUGUCGUGUACAAGCCGGGGGUAGACCUGCUCGAGGGCGACAUUCGGGGGUCGAGGGCGAUCCGCUACGUUGCGCGCGGCGGUCGGCUGUGGGAUGCGGAGACGAUGGAGGAGGUGUGGCCGGUGAAGGGGCGGCGGGGGGCGAUCCCGCCGCUGAAUCCAGAGUGA